AUGGACAGCUUGGAAGAUGAAAAAGAUGGUGGCUUUCAAGCUUCCAUUCCCAAGGAAUUAGGCCAUCCUAUAGCAUCUAUUGAUUUCUUCGAGCCUCCGAAUUCUGUAGUUUCACAAGAAAUUCGCAAAGAUCCUCGAUUUUUCCCUUAUUUUCUGAACUGCGUUGGAGCAGUUGAUGACAUACAUUUCCCAGUGACAGUAGGCUCUGCCCCAGAUAUGCGGGUCCUAAAUUCAGCUAUAACUAGGCGUAACAAACUCGAAGUACCUGACGGUAAAUAUUACCUCGUGGAUAGCAAAUAUGCAAAUGUCCCUGGGUUCAUUGCUCCAUAUCCUGGAGAAUCCGUGUUACAACUUGAAGACCCAAUGCCACCUCUAGAAAUUGAACAGCCACUUGUACCUACUGAAACACAACUUUCGGACAUCCCUUUUGUAACAGAAGAAUUAGAAGAUGCUUCACAAUUGCGAGAUUCUAUUGCAUCUGAGAUUUGGAAUGAUUAUAUUCGAGAUUAUGCUAUUAUCGAUAAGGUUGUAUAG